CAUCUGUCCCUCCCCGCCAGAUCCCAGAAGGCUUGUAGCUCAGAUGCCUGCUUACCUGUCAGGAGCACAGCCCCGCCCCAGCCUGCCGGGUUCCCAACCCGCCCAUCAAGGGCAGCAGCUUCUCCAGGCUCUGGACUGCCAGUGGGCCUCACCUCUCCGCCUCGGGACGCUGUCCCUUUCCACUCCUCUCUGUGUCUGGCUUCCCUUGCUUGGCCCCUUGUGGCCCAGCCCCCACCGUCUGUGAUUGAGUCCCACGCUCCCGCUUCCUGAAGAGCAGCCAUGGCCACCUACAAAGUCAAGGUGGCCACUGGUACUGAUCUCUUGUCAGGAACGACGGACUCCAUCUCCCUGACCAUCGUGGGGACCCAAGGAGAGAGCCAUAAGCAGCUGCUGAACCACUUUGGGAGAGACUUUGCAACCGGAGCGGUGGAUGAGUAUACUGUCCAGUGCCAGCAGGACCUCGGGGAGCUCAUCAUCAUCCGUCUGCACAAGGAGCGCUACUCCUUCUUUCCCAAGAACUCCUGGUACUGCAACUACGUGCAGAUCUCUGCGCCCAAUGGCCACACCUACCACUUCCCUGCCUACCAGUGGAUGGAUGGCUACGAGACCCUGGCACUCCGGGAGGCUACAGGAAAGACAAGAGCAGACGACAAGCUCCCCAUCCUUCUGGAGCACCGACAGGAGGAGAUCAGGGCCAAGCAGGACUUCUACCACUGGAGGGUCUUCGUUCCCGGCCUGCCCAAUUACCUGCAUAUCCCCAGUUACCGCCCUCCUGUACGGAGAAACCCCAACCGGCCUGAGUGGAAUGGAUAUAUCCCGGGAUUCCCGAUUCUCAUCAACAUUAAGGCCACCAAGUUCCUGAACUCAAAUCUCCGCUACUCCUUCCUGAAGACCGCCUCCUUCUUCAUGCGCCUGGGGCCCAUGGCACUGGGGUUGAAACUCCGCGGUCUGGUGGACUGCGAACGGUCGUGGAAGAGACUGAAGGACAUUAAGAAAAUUUUCCCUUCCAACAAGUCUGUCAUCUCCGAGUACGUGGCCGAGCACUGGGCAGAGGACAGCUUCUUUGGGUACCAGUACCUCAAUGGUAUCAACCCAGGCCUGCUCCGCCGCUGCACGCGGAUCCCAGAUAAGUUCCCCGUCACAGAAGACAUGGUGGCCCCGUUCCUGGGCGAGGGAACGUGCCUGCAAGCCGAGCUGGAGAAGGGGAACAUUUACCUGGCAGACUACCGCAUCUUGGAGGGCAUCCCCACCGUUGAGCUCAACGGCCAGAAGCAGCACCACUGCGCCCCCCUCUGCCUACUGCACUUUGGCCCGGAAGGGAACAUGAUGCCCAUCGCCAUCCAGCUCAGCCAGACCCCAGGGCCCGACUGCCCCAUUUUCCUGCCCAGUGACUCAGAGUGGGACUGGCUGCUGGCUAAGACGUGGGUGCGCUAUGCCGAGUUCUACUGCCACGAGGCCAUCUCCCACCUGCUGGAGACCCACCUCAUCGCUGAGGCCUUCUGCCUGGCCAUGCUGAGGCAGCUACCCAUGUGUCACCCCCUCUACAAGCUCCUUGUCCCCCACACCAGAUACACCAUCCAGAUCAACAGCAUCGGGCGGGCCCUCCUCCUCAAUGAGGGGGGACUCUCUGCCAGGGCCAUGUCCCUGGGCCUGGAGGGCUUUGCUGAGGUGAUGGUGCGGGCUCUGUCAGAGACCACCUAUGACAGUCUCUACCUCCCCAACGACUUUGUGGAGCGUGGGGUUCAGAACCUGCCAGGAUACUAUUACCGUGAUGACUCCUUGGCAGUGUGGGAUGCGCUGGAGAGGUACGUGACAGAGAUCAUCACCUACUAUUACCCAUGUGACGCGGCUGUGGAGGGUGACCUGGAAUUGCAGUCCUGGGUGCGGGAGAUAUUCAAGGAGUGCCUACUAGGGCGUGAAAGCUCAGGUUUUCCCACGUGCUUGCGAACGGUGCCCGAGCUGAUCCGAUAUGUCACCAUUGUCAUCUACACCUGCUCUGCCAAGCACGCAGCUGUCAACACAGGGCAGCUGGAGUUCACCGCCUGGAUGCCUAACUUCCCGUCAUCCAUGCGGAACCCCCCGAUGCGGGCCAAGGGGCUGACCACUCUGGAGACCUUCAUGGACACGUUGCCGGAUGUGAAGACCACGUGCAUCACCCUACUGGUGCUCUGGACACUCAGCCGGGAACCUGACGACAAGCGGCGCCUGGGCCACUUCCCUGACAUCCACUUCGUGGAGGAAGUCCCACGGAGGAGCAUGGAGACCCUCCGCCAGCGCCUGGCCCAGAUCUCGCACAACAUUCGCCAGCGCAACAAGUGCCUCCCCAUCCCCUACUACUACCUGGACCCGAUGCUGAUUGAGAACAGCAUUUCUAUCUAGGACGGCCCUUCCCGCCUCGCCUCUGCCCGCCCUGCGCCCGCCUCUUUUCCAAAAACACCGCUUCAAACGCAAGCCCCGGCUCCGUCACCGCGCGCCCGUUCUCCGCUCUCGCAGGGUUCGGAUAGGUGUAGGGCAGCGCCAGGUGCCCGUCUGCGCCCGGAUGUCCCGCGAGAUCUGGGCCCGAUGGCUCUGGAAGGCGGCGACACUCUGCUGCGGGCAGUCCUCGGUGAAGCGUUCGUCCGGGUGGGUCCCCAGGCGCCUCUGGGGACGGCAGGAGAGAAAGCUGGGACCUCUGCCCCGCGAGAUUCUGGUCCAUCUUAAGUCCCCGAGACUAUCGAGGAACCCAGUCCCCCAGAAGAUCCACCACCCAAGGACUACCACCUGAGCUUCGCCCACCCAGACCACCCAAGACCCGCCCAAUUUGAAACGCAGACCACCCACCGAUCUAGGCAAAAGACACCCUAAGCCCACCUUGCUAGAAACUCAGACCACGCAAGCCAUGCUCACUGUGAAACCCAGACCACUCUAAGCUCCACCUCCUGGGAGCCCGUA